UGGGCUGUGUUUACUUGGAUUGGCGUUUGUUUCCCCCUGGUACAGGCCAGCAUUCCGGUACCUCCGGGUACAGCACACCGCAGACAUUUAUCAGUGCUUUUGUUGCGAUUUAUUCCCACCCAGCACGAUGAGCGAAACGAAAGUGAUACUAAACAGUGCCAACGAUCUGCUGCUGCUCGGCGAUGCGAUCCGCAGCGUGCCGCUAAAGGACAUAGCGCAGGCCUCGCUGAAGGGACUGCGACGACAGGAAAGUGACCUCGAUCUGUACGCGUUCCUCUUCACCGAUGCGAUACACCUGUUUGAACCGCAGGAGUUUGAGUUGGAAAUUUCCUGCACCAUUCUGCCGGAGCUGGUUUGCUUUCUUGAGAAAAUACAAUCGGAACUGCAGUCCAAUGCGCUGUCGUUCUUCUUCGUGGAGAAUCUCACCAUUCUGCUGAAGCUUGCCGACGUGCUGCAGAAGCUGGUGGAGUAUCUUGCCGAAAAGGCGGAACAAUGUCAGCUGCUACGCUCGAUUGUCAUAUUUCCCGAGUACCUGUUGCGGUGCUACACGAUCGUGCGGAAAAACUAUGUCACGAUGGCUCAGGAAGCGGAAGGGCUGGAAGCGAUGAAGUCUUUGUAUGCCGCUUGCAAGAAGCUUCUGGUUGCGUUUCUGGAGCUGCUGUAUCCACGGGAAGCGUGCCCCGGGCGGGGGAGCUACUUUCGAGCAAUGGAUCACGAUGAAGAGUAUGAUUAUCUGCAGAAAGUGUGUACUCUGCUAGCAAGUGUGGCCAACGAAAUCAGCCCCAUCGAUUCGCUGCUAGCCAGUGAUGUAUGGAAGACGGUCGUGAAACUGUGCACCGAGCACGUGGAUCAGCUUAUAGCACGACGAAGAACGGCAUGCAUCGGAGAGAUAGUAACGAUCCUGAACAGCGGAAUUAAUGCUUCCUUUUCGGAUCUGCGCACUAAAAACGAACCCACAAAACAGAGCACGAUCACGCUGAAGCUGAACGCAUUCUUCUUACGCGUGGUGCUGAAGCUGCUGAGCCUGGUCAAGCAACACAUUGACGUGGGUGUCUACACGCCCAUCAUCAGCGCCGUGCUGGAGGUGAAAGCUUGCCUUCACGGCCAAACGUUAUGCACUGAGCUGGCAGCGGGCGUCGAGCAGUAUCUGCACAUUGGCUAUAUGGCUAUCGUGGAAAAUUCGUUCCGAUCGGAGGCGUUUGCAAAGGCGUUUUCCCAGUAUGAGUGCCGUACGGUGCAAGAAAUACAUUCCUACUACACCCUGACCAUGCACAUCGUUACUCAAAUCGUUACAAACGCAAACGAUAAUGCCUUGCUCUCCCUGUACUGCAUCCGUGUCAACCUUCUGCAGCGCGUAUGCGUCUUGCUAAAACGAUCCGAUUCCUUGCUCUUCGAAAACCCCUCGCUCUACAAACAGCUAGUCGUUCACUGCUCAGCACUGGUGCUGAUCGGUGUGCGGUUGAAAGAUCGGGCGGCUCAAAAAACGAUCGAAGAAACACUGGUACGAAUGAUCCUCCACGAAGAGCACUGCCACACGGCACUGCUCGGCAUCGAUCUUUGGUCCGUAUUUGUCCGCUACCACUCCCCGAAACUCAUGCACAGCUAUCUUCUAUUCUGGAAGGCAGUUAACGAUCGCUAUUCGAUCUUUACCACACGACCGACGCAGGUGUACGUGCGCCAGCUGCUGCGGAACCUUUUCGUUUUUCUACCGGUCGCGCACAAGGAGCGACUGCUGGACGCUUUUCCCAUUGGCGAUGGCAAAAACGAUCGAUUGUGGGCCGCCGUAGGCCCGUUGCCGAACGAAAUCGAUGAAGGUAGAAGGCGACAGUUCACGGCGGGCUUGGAAAAGCGGCUGAUACAGUGCGUGAAAACGCUUCAGCUUACACCGGGAAACGUAAAGGUGUUUUACGAAACGCUUGGCUUGUUCUCCAUCGCCGGAGCAACGACGAAAUUGGUGGAUCCGUCGGUAAAGAGCUUCUGGAACGCGCAGCUAAAUUGGGAUGCGAUUAUGAAAACGACUCCCACCAGUUGCAUAUUCGAUUGUCUCGAACGAAGCGCAACAGUUUCGUCGGCCAAUUCCAUGUUGAGCAUCAAAAACGCGUCAAGCAUAGGCGAUGCGAGACCAUACAUAAAGUAUCAAGUCGGAAAGCUACUGCUAAAAGCUGAUUCCCUAACGGACGUGUCGAACUGGCUGGAAGUGCUUCUGCGCGACAAAAGCGCGUUCGUGAAAGCAUUCUCGUUCCAUUUGCUGUCCAACCUGAAGGACAACCAUACACCGUCCGUAGUGCAACUUCUAAACAAACAGCCGCACCUACAAUCGCAGCUCGCCCGGUGGCACUCGAACGCGUCUGUGAAGCUUUCAACGAUAAAACCUCGUGCCAACGGAACGAUAACAUCCGUUGCGCACCGUUGUGCGCGGAAAGUUGAUCACACGCGAGACGUACAGUCAACUGGCGAUUUAACGCAAGCGAUUAACAACCAAAUCGAUGAACUGUUUCCGGACGACGAUGAUGAUCUUGAUGAUGUGGACAUGUUUGCGGACAACAGUUCGCAGACGAAGAAGCGUAAAUUUGAACCAACGUCCAGCGAGCAGCGGGAGGGCGAAGGUGAAGUGCCAGUUACCAAGUGCCUUAGAGGUCUGCAGAGCGCCACUGACCAGCUGGAACGAUUGGUUCCAUCAGCAAACCAUCGCCUACAAUCGUCGCAGAAAGGGCAGCUGAAAAGGAUAAUAUCUGCACUGACGAAAGUGCUCGACAGCUGACGGCCGCUGGGUAAG